AUGUCCGACGACAGCGAAUUCUCUUAUCCCGACUACGCGUCGAAAUACGCUCUCCCUGAUGACCGUGAUGAGCCCCUCGCAAUCCGGCUCAUCCAAAUCCAACCGCGCAUUGGCGACAGCCAUCCUACCGAGAACAGGAUUGUCUUGAGGAUGCGGGUGGGUCAACAAACACCCGCAACGAAGCAUCGAGGAAGAAUGAGUCGGUUCAUCACCAAGUUGAAACCUAAGCCGGGCACAGCCAAGCAGGAUACCACAUUAGUUCCCCUCAGUGAGAUUCCGGACGGAGAGCCGAAAGUGCGCAACAGGUUCACCUGGGGAAACUAUGUUGCUAUGUCUUACUCUUGGGGCAAGAAAGAGGACUGGGAAUUCACAGAAAAGGAGAGGGAAGAGGCUGCUCGCAAGGAGGAGGAGGAAAACGAGAAAAAGCGAUUGGACCCUACAUACAAGCCCGCGGUGACCGACGAAGACGACGACGCGGGGACUUACACGGACGGCGACGUACACGAAGUCAUUCUGGACGGCAAGCGGGUCAGAGUGCGUUACAAUCUAUGGGCUGCUUUGCUGGCGUUCCGUGAGAUGGCGCCAUUCAAAGAAGGCAUCUGGUUAUGGAACGAUGCUUUGUGCAUCAAUCAGCAAUACGAGACCGAGGCUGGACUCAAAGACCAGGCGAGGCAGCUCCCUCUCAUGUCGGUCAUAUACCGCCAAGCGGGCAACAUCAUCAUCCAUGCCGGCGGCGGAUAUCAUCACGACGAGGACACGCCAUGGGUUCUUGAAUACCUCCAAGAAGUUGGCGUCAACUAUCGCACAGAAUACUACGAAGCUCUCGAUCAUGCCGAGCCUACAAUUGCGCAUUCCCACAGAUUUCAGGCAGAAUUAGAGCUGAAGAAAGCGGCCCGCGCAUGGGUGGAAGGGGCACAAGACGACAUGCGGAAAGCAGCGCGGCAGGGGGAUACCGAUUAUGCCAUGGUUUCGCUCUACGACUUCUUCGACCGCCCGUACUGGCGGCGACUGUGGAUCAUUCAGGAACUGGCAAUGGCACACAGCAGCGCGCCCAUUCUCUGCGGAGAUAUCGUGACUCAGUGGCGCUAUGUCCGGGACGGAGCGCUGCUGCUAUCCAUGAUGGCCGAUGCGGUACGCGACUCUAUGCAGCGAGCACUGGCAGCGAGUGGCCGGUCUACAAAACGCGAACCUUCUUUCGAGCACGUCGCUGCCAUCGCCGAACUCGCCAUGUUCGGCAACCGUAAGGAGAUACCGCACACCGAUAAGCUGUUGCUCAUGCUUCAACCCGGGGUCAUGGAUGUCCAGAGCCACUCAUCUCAUCCAAUGCUUACGGCGACGGGCGUCCGGAUGCCUCUCAUGAACAACUUCCCAGGCUCUCCCAUCCACCAAUCUCUCACCCUUGCUGCGGAUGCUCAUUGUGGCUUUGAUAAGGAUAGAGUGCUUGGACUCCUCGCACUGCCUGCCCUCGAGAAGCUUCCACUACAGAAUAACGCGGAGUUUUCCCGUCUCUCUGCGACGGAUAUUUAUCUCCAAUACGCCAAAGCUUGCAUCAAAGCCGACCAUUCACUCGAUAUAUUCUCUUUGAUUGAUGGUGGAAGCUCUGCACCCGAUAAAGGAAGGACUGUGCCGUCAUGGUGUCCACGUUUCCAUGUCAAGUCCAAAAUCGGGCGCAUCGAAGGAAAGUGGCAUGCCCAACCUUCUCGUCCAAAGUACAAACCAGGUGAUUUCGAGUCGUUCGAGUUUGAGACGAACAUGGCACCGAAGUUUGAGGGUGAUGACAUGAUCUGCCCAGGCUGGGUCAUCGACACUGUCCUCUGUUCAAAGGGGGUUUUGUCGCGCCGCGUUUUUGCCCCGAUUGGAAAACCGCCCAGGAAGGGCAAACUCCCUAUCAUCCUUCUAGAAACUUUGCACCGUGAUGAUAGCUUCCUGUACAAGAGAAACUGGGACUUCAUCCAAGCCAACCGUGAACUCCCCAUCGCCGGCAAGCCACUCUCAUCCUACUUUACCUUUCAGCCUGUCCAGCAAUCCCAUCUCAAUAGGCUCAACCGCUCCGAUGAGCACUCGUACCACAAGAUUGCGGAAGCUCACCGGGCCAUGGAAGCGCGCACCAGGUUACGCCGGCUGAUGACAACGUCGAACCGAGCCCUUAUGGGUCUUGUGCCAGCCUCGACUCAGCAAGGAGAUGUGGUAAUCAUCUUAUACUAUCACAGCCGACCUUUGAUUGCUACUGUAGUCAUACCGGACGGUGCUCCCGAAGACACUGACGAUAUUGUUUUCAAACUCAAAGGCGAAGCAUUCAUUCCUGGUGUCAUGAACGGGGAGCUGGCUGACUCGGGAGAACUGGAUACACUACCUUUAAACAACUUAACGUUCAAUUAG